AUGGAACCGAGCAAAACCCAACUCCAGGCUGAGAAUGAGGUGCUGCGAAAAGAGAUAAAGGAUUUGGAUGAUGCAUUACAAAAUGCUGAGAAAGAGAAAAACCAUGGGAAGGAUUGGCACCGGUUGCAGACUGGGAAAGCAGUUGUAUUGACAGAGGAUGAAAUGUCGGAUUUGAUUGAUAGGGCAGAGGCACUUCAAUGCACAAAGGCUGAUGAGGCCGCUGCCAGGAAAACCCAAAGGGAGAUGCAGAAAAAAGUUGCCAAUGAGCUUGCAGUGCUCAAGCAAUUGAGGGCAGAGGCAUGGGAAGCUGCUAAGCUAGACAAUGAGAUGGUGUUGCAGAAUUGGGAAUCGCUGAAGGAAGUGUGCUGCAGCUGGGGUGAGAAACCUCCACAGAGGCCAUGUGUUGCCAUGCAUGCAGAGGUUUGGGCACUUGUAAUGGACCCUGAAUUGGAGGAAGAGAUUGAAGGGAGUGUUAAUGGUGGACUUGGGGGGCCAGGGAGCUCAAGUGAGGAUGGACUCACUUCAGAGGAUGAUGGUGAGUAG